CUGGAUCCUGUUCAGGCCAUCUUCCUCUCUUGGUGGCCCCAGGACAAAAAUAUCUCCUAGGCUGAUGACCCGAAGCACCUGCCGCCCCCUCCCGGAGAGCCUGGAGACCCAGGGCCGCGGGAGCCGCGCGGGAGCCCCAUUUCGGAAGCCGACCGCCCCCGGGGUCUUCCCAGGGCACUGGGGGGGGCUGAGGCCGAGGCCCACCAUGGCCAGCCUCCUGCUGCUAGCCGCCGCUCUGCUGUCCAGCUGGGCCCAGCUUCCGGCCGAAGCCAGCUCCUGGUGGUCCUUAGCUAUGAGCCCGGUGCAGAGACCCGAGAUGUUUAUCAUCGGUGCCCAGCCCGUGUGCAGCCAGCUUCCUGGGCUUUCCCCUGGCCAGAGGAAGCUGUGCCAACUGUACCAGGAACACAUGGCCUACAUCGGGGAGGGAGCCAAGACGGGCAUCAAGGAGUGCCAGUACCAGUUUCGCCAGCGGCGGUGGAACUGUAGCACGGUGGACAACGCGUCCGUCUUUGGCAGAGUCAUGCAGACAGGGAGCCGGGAGACAGCCUUCACGUACGCAGUGAGCGCCGCGGGGGUGGUGAACGCCAUCAGCCGGGCCUGCAGGGAGGGUGAGCUCUCCACGUGCGGCUGCAGCCGGACAGCGCGGCCCAAGGACCUUCCCCGGGACUGGCUGUGGGGCGGCUGCGGGGACAACGUGGAGUACGGCUACCGCUUUGCCAAGGAGUUCGUGGAUGCCCGCGAGCGGGAGAAGAACUUCGCCAAGGGGUCGGAGGAGCAGGGCCGAGUGCUCAUGAACCUGCAGAACAACGAGGCGGGGCGGAGGGCUGUGUACAAGAUGGCGGACGUGGCCUGCAAAUGCCACGGCGUCUCGGGGUCCUGCAGCCUCAAGACGUGCUGGCUGCAGCUGGCCGAGUUCCGCAAGGUGGGGGACCAGCUGAAGGAGAAGUACGACAGCGCGGCCGCCAUGCGCAUCACCCGCAAGGGCAAGCUGGAGCUGGUCAACAGCCGCUUCAACCAGCCCACCCCGGAGGACCUGGUCUACGUGGACCCCAGCCCGGACUACUGCCUGCGCAACGAGACCACGGGCUCGCUGGGCACGCAGGGCCGCCUGUGCAACAAGACGUCGGAGGGCAUGGAUGGCUGCGAGCUCAUGUGCUGCGGCCGCGGCUACGACCAGUUCAAGAGCGUGCAGGUGGAGCGCUGCCACUGCAAGUUCCACUGGUGCUGCUACGUCAAGUGCAGGAAGUGCACGGAGAUCGUCGACCAGUACGUCUGUAAAUAGCCAGCGGGGGGCGCUCUUCCGGCCGCUUCUCCACUGCCUCACAAAGUUUAUAUUAUAUAAAUCUAUAUAAAUCUAUUUUAUAUUUGUAUAAAUAAAGGGAUGGAUGAUAAAUAAUUAAAAGAAGAAUGGAAAGGAAAAGCUUAUUUAAGAGACGCUGCUGGAGAUGUUUGAGGAUUGCACUGUGCUCGUUCUCUGCUCCCCGGGGGGGGGGGGGGCAGGGGCUUUCCCCCCCUCCCUCAGGACGUCGGGACUUGGGGCUAGUCGCUGUCUAUCCACCGUGGCCUUGAGGAGACAAGUGGCGGGUAGAUGGAGAAGAUGAUUUUGUCUGGAAGUCUGGAGUCUGGCGGCUGGAAGACCGCCCUGUGACCCCCGUCAUUAGGCCAGGAGGCCCUGUGCAAGGUGGCAGGAACUGCGCUUACACCAUCCCGUCUUCAGGGUCUUGUCCAGAAUACGGAUUGGUUCCGGAAGAGGCCCGGUGCUUUCUUCCCCUUUCAGUUGUGUGCAUCCCGGCAGAACCCACAGUUACAGGAAUGAGCAGAGGCCCGAUGUCAUCUCUGACAGGUGACCACAGAGGGACCCGCGCCUCCCCAGACUCCCAGGCCUGUCUGUCCAGCGAGAAUUACUGUCCCUCCACAGUUCACUAGGUCCUGCCAACAGUUCCCUGCCCCGAGGGGAAAGGGGGUCAACUGGCCUGACAUGUUAGGAGAGAGAUGAACUGAAUGUUUCUGCCAGAGCCGUCGUCGAGAGCCAGGAGCGUCCCUGGAGCGAGCGAACGUUGCACUGUGCUCCCACAGGGAGAGGAAACGGGGUGCUGCUGCUGUCACUUCCUCCACCACCGGGCCCCCCUGAGCGACAGGAUGUGCGACCAGCUCAGGCUCGGCUGGCCUGGCACACUCUUUCCAUCUCUGCCCCGGAUGUACAGUGUCUCUCUGACAUUAAAUACCCUUCACUGGA